AUGGCCCGGCGGCAGACACCCUUCACCAACGUCGACCCAGCGACGGCAGCCGAGGCACGGCGCCAGGGCGCUGAUCCGUACGUGCUGGACCAAUUAGUGGAGAGAAUGUUACUCAACAUCUACGCCAACCUCCCCGCCUUCCCCGUCUACGGCUGCCGGCUCCCCCCCGCCAUCGCUGCCUCCGCCGGCGUCGACCGCAUCAGCGCCCUACCCUCCGAGCUCCUCUGUGACAUCGUCUCCCGCCUCCCCGUCAAGGACGCCGCGCGCACCGCCGUCCUCUCCUCCCGCUGGCGCCCGAUCUGGCACUCCACGCCGCUCAUCCUCAACGACGCCCACCUCCUCCCCGACGGCCACCGCUGGCCCUUCACGCCGGCUAACUCACCCGCCAUCACCGCCGCCGUCUCCCGCAUCCUCGAGGCGCACCCGGGGCCCGUCCAGUGCGCCCGCCUCAUCUGCACCAACAUGAGCCUCUACCGCCCCCAGCUCGCGCGCUGGCUCCAGCUCCUCGCCGCCAAGGGCGUCGAGGACCUCGCCCUCGUCAACCGCCCGUGGCCGCGCGACCUGCCCCUCCCCGCCGCGGUAUUCAGCAUCGCCACUCUCACCCGCCUCUACCUCGGUCAAUGGAGGCUGCCCGACACGGCCGUCCUGCGUGGCGCCUCCUUUCCCCACCUCCGCGAGCUCGGCAUCUGCUGCGUCUUCAUGAAGCACGGCGACAUCGAAUCCCUCGUCGCCAGGAGCCCCGUACUGGAGAUCCUCAACAUCCUGGGAUGCAUGGAGGGAUUGCGUCUCCGCCUCGUCAGCCAGAGCCUACGGUGCGUGCAAUUUUGCCUUACGAGCAUGGAGCACGUCGACGUGGUCAAGGCUCCACUCCUCCAGCGGCUCGUCAUGUAUGGAUCAUCCCCAAAAGCUCGUGGCUUGUGCACCACAGUCAGGAUUGCCGAUGCCCCCAAGCUGCACGCCUUUGGAUACUGGCAGCCAGAAGAUCAGGUCCUGCAGAUACGAGACACCAUCAUCGUGCCUGGGAUAAAGACGAGCGCAAGUACCAUGCUCACAAGCGUCAAGGUCCUUAGUUUGGAUGUGCGUUUUGGAGUUCACAGUGAUGUCAUGAAGGUGCCUACCUUCCUCAGAUGCUUCCCCAACGCUGAGAGACUGCAUAUUAUGAGCAAAAGAUGUGAUCAGCCCACUGAUAACCUCGCCCCCAACUUCUGGGAUGAGUCUGGCCCCAUUAUAAAUGUCAUCUUGCGCAUCAACACGAUGAGUCUCCGUGAGUUCAGAGGGGAGCCAGGCGAGAUGGCCUUCCUGGAGUACUUCUUUCGGAGCGCACGGGUGCUGAGUUUUGUAGUGGUUGGGAUGGCCAAUCCAAUGUACGCACCUUUUUCGACAGACGAGGCGUAUUCCAAAGUGAAAAAGUGUUACAAUAUCAUGGCGAGUAAGUCAUGCAACAAGCUUGUCCUUGGGAGCAACGGCCCUGCAGGAGGUGACCUAUGGAAGUUCAAGGACGGGGCAGAUUUUUCAUUCCAUGACCCUUUCUCGAUAGCGGAGGUCGGACGAGUGAGCUAAGUUUUCGUGGGGAAGUGGAUAGUUUUUUUGGAUGCAAACUGGAGCAUGAAGUGUGGUAUCUGUUGCUACUUGCUAAUGUGUCUUUGUCUACUUUGUGGCUUGACGUCUGGUGGGAACCGGAGAUGACAUAAGCUACUAAUUAACUGAUAUCCUGCUUGCUUGUAAGCUGUAUGAUCGUAUAUUUCCUUGCUAUGCUUUUUAAAGACAUUUCCUAGCUAUGCUUUUUAAAGA